AACUGAGGAAGUCCACUAUUAAGCCAGCGUCAAAAUGCUAAAGUUAGCUCUGCUAGUAGCAUAGUGACAGUCGAUAACAUGAGCAAAACCUGUAAUCAGUAUUUUCAGUUAACAUAUCAGUGGGUAGUGCAAAAACACGUUGGUCGUAACGCGUCUUUUAGUAGUUGUAGACGUUCAACUCGGAUGUCAGUUGACGCUCGUGAGCUAGCAGGCUAACGUUUAGGCAAAUAAGUGGCUAGCUAAGUAAGCUAGCUAGCAUGCUAACAGUGUAGCUACUCGGCCUCGUUAGAACCUCAUCACUCGAGACGGUUUUUUACCAAGUUACGAAGACAGAAGUUCAAAUAUAACGACAGGCUAUUCUACAGCCGCCUUCUGUCGUCUAAGACAGAAUAAUAUGAAUAUAGAUUUUGCUUCACGUUGUGAGUCAUCUGACGUCUAAGCUAAAGACUACUUAACAGCUAGCUAGCUUACUUGCUGACAUCGUCAAACAACGAGCAUAACUGCUGCUCUUUAUCAUAUUAUUAGUUGUCCUUUACUUCAGUGAUUCAUAACCAGGGGUAAAUAUAACGUUACUUCUGCACUUAGGGAGUAACUACAUUAAAGAUUAAGUAACGCAGCUAAUUGAAUUGGUGAAAAUAUAUUGCCACAUAUUUGUGUUUAAGAGAAAAGUCAACACAAAUUGCAGUAAUUCUGACCUUUUUUUUGUAUUUUUAUUUGCACAACAACCAAUGAGCUACUUUAGAAAACGAAAAGAAAAAAUGUAAAUAUAAAUCAUUCCUGGAUUAAUAAAAAUAAUAGUGUCUACUUUUAUAUAACUAAUGGUGUUUAAUAAUAUCUCCUUUAAAAUACACACAACUGCUAUUUAUCAGCACAGUAAUAAAAUAUUGUCUGAAGGUGAAAAACAUUAUCUUACAGUUUUUCAAAUUACUGCAGGGCUGCUGUUUCAAUGUCUUUGUGCCUUUUUGUUUCCAGUCGUGCUAAUCGGAGACUCCGGAGUGGGGAAGAGUAACCUGCUGUCCCGUUUCACAAGAAAUGAGUUCAACCUGGAGAGCAAGAGCACCAUCGGGGUGGAGUUCGCCACCCGCAGCAUCCAGGUGGACGGCAAGACGAUAAAGGCUCAAAUUUGGGACACAGCUGGACAAGAACGCUACAGAGCAAUCACCUCAGCGUAUUACCGGGGGGCAGUUGGAGCUCUCCUGGUUUACGACAUCGCCAAGCACCUGACGUACGAGAACAUUGAGCGCUGGCUGAAGGAGCUGAGGGACCACGCCGACAACAACAUCGUCAUCAUGCAGGUCGGGAACAAGAGUGACCUCCGCCACCUCAGGGCCGUGCCCACCGACGAGGCUCGAGCCUUUGCAGAAAAGAACGCUAUCUCAUUUAUUGAAACCUCCGCCUUGGACUCCACUAAUGUAGAAGAAGCCUUUAAGAACAUUCUCACAGAAAUCUACCGUAUUGUAUCUCAGAAGCAAAUAUCGGACAGAUCUGCACACGAUGAGUCUCCGGGCAACAAUGUAGUGGACAUAAGUCUCCCCCCGACCACGGACGGCCAGAGAGGCAGCAAACUGCCCUGCUGCCAAAGCCUGUGACGCUCGCGCUUUCUUCUCCCGGUUGACUUUCUGUCGGUCUUUUCAUCUCUUCACCUCUGGUUUACUUCAGUUGUCGUGCUGCUGUCAGCAUGAUGCCCUCAUGGGUUCAAAAGUCUGUGACACCGAGACAUUCUUGUACUUGACAUUCCUUUUUUUUUUCUGUUUACUUCUUUGUUUGUUUUUUGUUCAUUUUUCUUUCCUCUUAAUUCUCCAUUCUCAGACGAACCUGUCUACAAGAAUUUACGGCCUGUGAUGGUCCGCAGAAGGACGGAGUGUAAAGCUCUUAUGAAGUCGAUCCUUAGUUAACUAGCCUUUAUGGUCCUAUUGAGCCGCUCCUGUUGAAGGAAUGGUGAGGGAUCAGUAAACCCGUGUGUCAGCGCUUCAACUGGUUUGUUUCCUUUUUUUCCUCAGCUUGCAAUGAUACAGACUCUUGCCAUAAUCUGCUGCUACAGUGGAAUCCCAAUUUCAUGUCUGGUUGACCUGAUUCUGCCUGUCACGCAGUGCGGGUGUAGAAGAGAUGAGAAGAAGGUACCGCUGGAGUAUUGAUGUGUCCUCUGCUCCGUCUGGAUUUUCUAUUUGCCUCCUUUUGAUUCUAAUUUUCCUCUUCGAGCCCCGUGUCCACUGUGGCAUGAAAUUAGCGUGAGCCAGAGACCAGACUGGCUGUGACUGUCUGACUUAUUAUGGGCAAGUGUGACAGAAAUGAAGUGAUUUUAUUUGUCUGCGUGGGCGUGUGUGUUAAUUUUGGUGACAAGGGAUACCAAUGUAGACGGAUGCAAUCUUAUCAGUUUUGGGUUUUCUCAUUAAGCGUGUUCAAGGCUGCUAAAGUUGCAUUUCAUUGCUGUAUUUGGCAAACCAAUCUACACUAUUUGCUAAAGAUCUGUAAUGCAAAAUAGCUAAAUUAAUGUUAUAAAUUGUGUGUGUGUGAGAUUUAUUAUUUGUGUGAUAAUCGUAUCAGUCUGGAUCGAAGUUGGCUGAGGUCAAAAUGUUCUUUUAACAAGCUGUCUGGAAAAUGAAAAUCUCUUUUGCACUUAUGUCCAAUCAUUUCAGAGGAACAAAUCACCAUUUUUAUAACUCCAACAUCGCUUCCCUGUUGGUUGUAAAGGAAGCUGUUGGUUGAAAAGACAAAGAGCACUAUAUGUGGUGUUCAUUGUCCUCACAUGUACCUACUCACCCUUUUGUUUUCUUUUGAAUGUGACAUCUGUUAAAGGGAAGUGUGUAAUCUGAGAACAUUUAAACGGUAAAUACACCAAUAUGAAAUACUCCCUUCAUGUAACACUUUCACUCCAGCCAGCUGGGAAAGUGGAACUGAAAUUUAGAAAUGCAAAUUGUUUGUGUGCUUGGCUGAAAUGCCUCUUAUUCACUCAUCUGUGAGAAAUGCUUUCACGCGUUUAUUGAUUUGAUGUAUUUACGUCUUAUGAUAUUUGACAUUUCUUAAAAAAUAUGUAAUGGCAGAAAACUUGUUUUUGUUCAUUUGCAUUACACAGAAAAUACUGAAGCUUAAAUAAACCUGGUUCACAUGAACAUGCACUGUA